UCAUUCUUUCUCUUCUCCCCGACUCUAGUCUAUCGUUGUCGAUUCUCGCUUCGUUUCAUCCCCAGACAGAUACGCCGUGACCAUCGCUUCAGCUCUAAACAACUCGGUUCACUCUCUUGCUCGACCUGUCACACCAGAGUUAUCGCCUGCAAUUGCUACAGCGCAUCUUCCGUUGUUACCGUCGCUUCUUUUGACCUAUCUCGUUGAGCAAACAAUGUGGCUUGUCCUAUGCUGAUGUUGACCAUUUCAAUUCAACAUUCCUGAUUCUCGGAAUAUCCACCACUUUACUCAGAUAGGGCCGCUAUCCGGUUAUCAGUGACAAUCUCGCAUGCCCGGGGGAGGGACACUGGACAAUAUGGCUUCAGGACAUAUCCCAUCUCACGCCCAAUCAUCGCUACCAUCGUUGCCAGCCCAUCUACAAUCAGAUACGCAUUUGACUGCGCAUCUCGCAAGCCGAUUCCAUGUCGGUUUACCAACGGCUCGUCUCUCUUCCCAAGCUUUAAUAUGUCUCAAUACAUACACAACUCCGACCAAAGGUCCAGAUGGCGGCAAAGAGGGAAGUUCGAUGGCAGAGGCCGAGGACCUGGCCAAACGGGCAUUCACUAGAUUGGCUACCCGUGGUGAAAACCAGGCCAUUGUGUUUCUUGGAGAGAAUGGAUCUGGAAAAACGACUAUUCGCUCGCAUAUCCUAUCAUCGUUUCUUUCCUACUCCUCCACACCUCUCUCGUCGAAGCUCUCCUACGCUACCUUUGUUUUUGACGCUUUAACAACCACAAAAUCUUUGACCACUCAGACAGCUUCGAAAGCGGGACUAUUCUUGGAACUGCAGUACGAUGCCUCUUCCUCGGUUAAUCCGACGCUGAUUGGCGGCAAGAUCAUCGAUCACAGACUCGAACGCAACCGGAUUGCUUCUGUACCGACCGGAGAGCGGAGCUUCCAUUCCCUCUAUUAUCUUCUGGCAGGAACAAGUGCUCAGGAAAAGGCUCACUUGGGUUUCGAUAAUCCUAUCCAUAUCUCUACCAACAAUGGAAUGCUCGGUUCGAGCACAGUGAACCAUAAACGAUGGAGAUAUCUGGGUCAUCCCACACAGUUAAAGGUCGGCAUCAACGACGCUGAUGCGUUCUAUCAUUUCAAAACAGCGCUUCGGAAGUUGGAAUUCCCUCGAAGUGAGAUUGCCGAAAUCUGCCAGAUUCUUGCAACUGUGCUACACAUUGGACAGCUGGAGUUUGUUAGCGGCCAGUCUACUGCUACUUCUGCAGAAGAAAGUGGAGGAUACGCGCUCGAAGGUGGUGAGACAGUCACCUCUGUCAAGAAUAAGGAUGUCCUUUCCAUUGUGGCCGCCUUCCUCGGUCUGGGAGUCGACGACCUCGAAGCCAGUCUGGGGUACCGAACAAAGACCAUCAGUCGAGAGAGGGUGACGGUGAUGCUGGAUCCCAGAGGAGCACGACGGAAUGCGGACGAGCUUGCUCGAACAAUCUACACUCUCUUAGUGACUUAUGUGAUUGAGACUAUUAACCAGAGAAUUUGCGCGGCCGAUGACAGUGUUGCCAACACCGUGUCUGUCGUCGAUUUUCCAGGUUUCUCUCAGGCCUCUGCAACUGGAUCCACCUUGGACCAGCUCCUGAACAAUGCAGCGACCGAAUCGCUUUACAAUUUCUGCCUCCAGUCCUUCUUCGACAGAAAGGCCGAUAUUCUGGAACGUGAAGAAGUCUCCGUGCCAGCCAUCAGCUAUUUCGACAACUCCGAUGCGGUGCGCGGGUUGUUGAAGAAUGGCAACGGCCUGUUGAGUAUCCUUGAUGACCAGACCAAGCGCGGUCGAACCGACGCACAGCUCGCUGAAACUCUGAAGAAGCGUUUUGAAAACAAGAAUCCUGCCAUCAUGGUCGGAACACCAGGAACCGGACCUGGUACUCGUCAUGUCUCACCAGAAGCGCGUUCGGCAUUCACAGUACGACAUUUCGCUGGUGAAAUCGAUUACUCUGUGAACGGUCUGGUUGAGGAAAAUGGUGAAGCCAUUUCUGGUGAUUUGAUGAAUCUUGUGAAGUCCACAAGGAGUGAUUUCGUACGGGAUCUUUUUGGACAAGAAACCCUGCAGACGGUCACCCAUCCGAGAGAGAAGACGGCCAUUAUGCAGGCGCAGGUCAGCGCGAAACCGUUACGAAUGCCCAGUGUCGCAAGACGAAAGGCCGGUCCGCCUGUUGCGCAUCCAUUCGAUGCGGAUGAUGCAGACGAUCAUGAGAGCCCUGAUGGCAGCUCAACAGGGAACGCUUCUGCAAGACGGAAGACCGGUCUGAUGACAAACAGUCCUCAAGGCGCAGCUGGUCAGUUCCUAUCUUCGCUUGAGAUAGUUAGGAAGAGCUUGAGCACACCCGAUCUCAACCCUUAUUUUAUCUUUUGUUUGAAGCCCAAUGAUCGUCGCAUUGCGAAUCAGUUUGACAGCAAAUGUGUCCGAGCACAGGUGCAAACUUUUGGCAUUGCGGAAAUCAGUCAACGGCUUCGCAAUGCUGAUUUCAGUGUGUUCCUCCCCUUUGCUGAGUUCCUCGGACUGGCGGAGAUUGGUAAUGCCGUUGUUGGAAGCGAUAGAGAAAAGUGUGAAAUCGUGUUGGAUGAGAAGCGGUGGGCAGGAAACGAAGCCAGAGUUGGUAGUACCGGUGUCUUCCUGAGUGAACGAUGCUGGGCCGACCUCGCAAAGGUAGGCGAGCGUGUGGUCCCUGUCUAUCAUGGCAGGGGCUCUGAAGACGUUGGCGAGGGCUUUCUGCAUCCGCGAACUGCAACGUAUAUGGAUUCCAAGGUCCGGCUCCUCGAUUCGCCCGAUCGGUCACCCUAUGGCGAUGACAACAAGCAAGGAUACUUUGGCGCCCGUGACGUGGAUGGGCGCUCUGAUGCCGGGGGUUCUGCCUUCAACUCCGGUGACAUGUUCCACAAUCUCGAAACGAGAGAGCAGAUGAUGGAGAAAGGCAAUGAAAAGAAAAUGGAAGAAGUGGACGAUGUGCCUCUUUCCGGUAGUCGCAAACGCUGGUUGGCAUUGGUGUAUCUGCUUACUUUCUACAUUCCUGAUGUUGCUAUCAAGUGGCUCGGGCGGAUGAAGCGCAAAGAUAUCCGACUAGCUUGGCGAGAGAAGCUCGCGAUCAACCUGAUUAUCUGGUUCAGUUGCGCAUGUGCCAUCUUCUUCAUCGUCGCUUUUCCUGGUCUAGUCUGUCCCACGCAGCAUGUCUACUCCGCGGGAGAGUUGAGUACACAUAAUGGCAAGGAUGGUCAAAAUUCUUUUAUGUCCAUUCGGGGCGUGGUCUUCGAUCUGGGUGCUUUCAUGCCAUCUCAUUACCCCGACAUUGUCCCGCAGUCUUCGCUAAAGAAGUAUGCCGGUGUGGAUGCCACUAAUCUCUUCCCCAUUCAAGUUUCGGCUCUCUGCCAAGGCAAGGAUGGUCAUGUUGAUCCCACAGUGCUAUUGGACUACAAAUCCACGAACGUUUCUGGGACCGCAACAGCAACUAGCGACACAGACGCCAACUCCAAAUAUCAUGAUUUCCGCUAUUACACCAACGACUACCGUCCUGACUGGUUCUACGAACAGAUGAUCAUGCUCCGGGCGAAUUACAAGAAAGGCUUCAUCGGCUACACACCAGAGUAUUUGACGAAACUGGGGGAUAAAUCGCAAUCAAUUGCGAGCAUCGACGGGAAGGUCUAUGACAUGACCACCUACCUUGCUGGAGGUCGAAGAACGCAAGCUCCAGAAGGAAAGGAGGUUCCGCAGAAUGUCGAUACUGAUUUUAUGGACUCCCUGUUGGUAGACCUUUUCCGACAGAAAUCUGGUCAGGACAUCACCAAGUACUGGCAGAACCUUGCCAUUGAUCAGGGAAUGCGUGAUCGUAUGCAAUUGUGCCUUGACAAUCUGUUCUUUGUCGGCCAUGUCGAUACUCGAAACUCGCCACGCUGCCAAUUUGCGCGUUACUUCAUUCUGUCUAUCUCCAUUAUCAUUUGCGCAAUUCUCGUGUUCAAGUUUGUGGCCGCAAUGCAGUUUGGAAAAAAGACAGUCCCCGAGAAUAUCGACAAGUUCAUCAUCUGUCAAGUCCCGGCCUAUACAGAAGACGAGGAGUCUCUUCGUCGUGCUAUUGACUCCAUGGCACGUAUGCGGUACGAUGACAAGCGCAAACUCCUGCUGGUCAUUUGCGACGGUAUGAUUAUCGGACAAGGAAAUGACCGCCCCACGCCUCGGAUUGUUUUGGACAUUAUGGGUGUUCCAGAAACUGUGGAUCCGGAGCCUCUCAGCUUUGACAGUCUGGGAGAAGGCAUGAAACAGCAUAACAUGGGCAAGAUUUAUUCCGGUCUAUAUGAGGUGCAAGGUCACAUCGUUCCCUUCCUGGUUGUAGUCAAGGUUGGAAAGCCGUCAGAAGUUUCGCGACCCGGUAACAGAGGCAAGCGUGAUUCCCAGAUGGUUCUCAUGCGGUUCUUGAACCGUAUCCACUACAACUUGCCCAUGAGCCCUAUGGAACUUGAAAUGUAUCACCAAAUACGCAACAUCAUCGGUGUCAAUCCUACGUUCUACGAGUUCAUCUUGCAAGUCGAUGCAGAUACAGUAGUUGCUCAUGAUGCCGGAACACGAAUGGUUGCUUCUUUCCUGGCGGACACUCGCCUACUCGCUGUCUGUGGAGAGACAGGCCUGACGAAUGCAAAGACGUCUGCGGUGACUAUGAUCCAGGUCUACGAAUAUUUCAUUUCGCACAAUAUGAUCAAGGCCUUCGAGAGUCUUUUCGGAUCAGUGACCUGCUUACCGGGAUGUUUCACUAUGUUCCGUAUCCGGUCUGCGGAGUCUGGCAAGCCACUUUUCGUGAGCAAAGAAGUCGUGGAAGCAUACGCGCAGAUUCGAGUUGAUACCCUGCACAUGAAGAAUCUGCUGCACCUGGGUGAAGACCGUUAUUUGACGACCCUGCUCUUGAAGCAUCAUGACAAGUUCAAGACCAAGUUCCUGUUCGCGGCAAAGGCUUGGACCAUCGCCCCAGAGAGCUUUGCUGUUUUCUUAUCCCAGCGUCGACGAUGGAUCAACUCUACAGUGCAUAACCUGAUUGAACUGAUUCCGCUUCAGCAACUGUGUGGUUUCUGCUGCUUUAGUAUGAGAUUCAUUGUCUUCGUCGACCUUCUCAGUACCAUCAUCCAGCCGGUGACAGUCGCGUACAUCAUUUACCUCAUCGUCUGGCUCGUGAGAGACACAUCCGUCAUCCCAUACACAUCCUUCAUCCUCCUCGCAGCCAUCUAUGGUCUCCAAGCCCUCAUCUUCAUCUUCCGCCGCAAGUGGGAAAUGAUAGGUUGGAUGAUCAUCUACAUCAUCGCCAUUCCCGUCUUCUCCCUCGCCCUCCCCCUCUACUCCUUUUGGCACAUGGACGACUUCUCCUGGGGAAACACCCGUGUCAUCACAGGAGAAAGCGGCCGGCAAGUCGUCAUCUCCAACGAAGGCAAAUUCGACCCCGACACCAUCCCCAAGAAGAAAUGGGAAGAAUACCAAGCCGAACUCUGGGAAGCGCAGACCUCCCGCGAUGACCGCUCCGAAGUCUCUGGCAUCUCAUACGGCACGAAGUCCUACCACCCGGCACAAUCAGAAUACGGAUUCGGAGGGUUCCCUGGCUCAAGGCCUAUGUCGCAACUUGACCUGUCGCACCAGUAUGGAGCUAGGAGUAUCUCGCGUCCGCCGUCGGAGAUGCUCAGUCGGCAUAUGGACAUGGAGUUGGAAGAUUUGUCGAAUUUGCCAAGCGACGAUACGCUGCUUGCGGAGAUUCGGGAGAUUCUGAGAGCUGCGGAUUUGAUGUCUGUUACGAAGAAGAGUGUUAAGGUAGAGCUUGAGAGGCGGUUCGGGGUGAACUUGGAUAUCAAGAGGUCCUAUAUCAAUUCUGCUACCGAAGCCGUUCUGUCGGGUGCCCUUUGAUGGUUUACAGUCAUCUAAUUCAUUCUUGAAUCUGCGAUGAUGUCUGCGCAUUUCCUCAUCUGUUUAAUCCUCUUUAGAUCUCUUUCGUUCAUGGCGUUCUGUUGUUGUUACAGGCCUGCAGUUGUACAUUAUUCCUGUGUUUACAGCAUAGCAUGUUUCUUUCAUGAUCAUGGUGGAUGGUGUUGGAUUUGCAGUUCUGAAGUUUGGACAGUACAUACAGUCUUAGGGCCUACUAAUAUUUAACUACAAUCAUUCUGUACACGCUUCGGCAUCAUGAGCCUUGGAAUCGCAAUCAUUUUGAAUGAAACAAAUGAGGGUAUAAGAUACGAAAUAUAAACAGUCCAGGACUACAAACCACCCAAUAUAUCACAAACCAUGUACAACCCAGACAACACAUCCCCGGC